ACUUGCUUUUUGCAAAUAUAUGGUGAAGCCAUCUACUUUAUUAGUUCUGGAUGAACCUACCAACCAUUUAGAUAUACAGUCAAAAGAGGUGCUAGAGGAGGCUAUAUCUGAAUACCAAGGCACUGUUAUCACCAUUUCUCAUGAUUGUUACUUCAUCAGACAGAUAGUUAAUAGGGUGGUGGAGGUGAAAGAUGAAACACUGCAAGAUUAUGCAGGCGACUACAAUUAUUAUCUGGAGAAGAACCUCGAGGCUAAGGAAAAAGAACUGGAGCGCGAGGCUGAGGUUGAAGAAAAGGCUCCAAAACCAAAAGCCAAGUCUAAGAUGUCAAAGGAAGAGAGAGAAGUCAUGAAGAAGCAAAAAAUGCUGGCUUUUUAGCAAGCAAAAGCCAAGUCCAAGAGGCUGAAGAAUGCAAAGCGCUGGAAGUGAUGACACCUGAAGAUUUGAAGAGGGUGACAAUUAAAGGAGUAGAUAAUGCUUGAUUCUUGAAUGAUAAUAGCAUACAAUGUUCAAUGCAAAACAAAGUACCAACACUGUGAGACUAUGAUCUGUCAAGAAGACAUUCUAAUGGAGUCCAAGAAGUGCCAACAAGCAAUCAUUGGUUAUUCCAUCUGCUUCUGUUUGUGAAAUACAUAUCUACAGCAAAAAAUUUUCUUUCUUAGCAAAUUAUCAUCAGAACAUAAAGUUUCCUUAGAGAAGAUUGGAGUGCUCUUGAAUAUGUCAGAAAAAUUCCUGAUAAGCUUGACUUGCUUUUUCUGUUGACUGAAAAGAGUUUGGCUUGUCUAUGUUGCUGAUCAACAGGUUGUUCUCCAACUAAGUUGUGAUUUGCAUGGGGGCCUGACACGCAAAGUCUUCAGAUUUCAAACCUCCCAAUUUGUCCAUCACAUAUGCAAUGCUGUUUCUGAGGAAAGAGGGAUCCCUGAACAUGUCUUCUCCCAAUCCAUCUCAUAAUCCUGAUGAGGUGUCUACUCCAUAAUCUUGCAUGAUUUUUCUGAAGGCUGAUAUGACAUGGAAAGAUUGCACCAGCACUUGAAUUAUGUCACGACAGCAGGACUGGCUUCCUUUAUAGUAUGAAGGUUCUUUCAGCAUUUCACUUUCACCUUUUCUUUCCCCUUUCAAAUCCUCUCUCUCUCUCUCUCAUAUUGAAUCCACUUCAACUUGUCUGUGUUACUGGGUCAUCUUCUAAAUUGUCAGACCCAGUUCUUCCUCUGUUCUUAUCAGAAAGCUCUUUGUUUCAGUCAUAUCACAUUCUUCUGCUGUCCUCAAAUUCCAAUAUAAUCCACAUAAUCCUCAGGGUUUGUUCCUUAUGUUGAUCCACCUACUCUGAUCCCAAAGAGCUCACUUCCUCCAAAGCUCAAGCUUCGUUCAGUUCCUAUCACAAAACAACUCCUUUUUCUGCACCUCUCCAUGGGCUGCACCACCUCAAAGCAGGCCCGCCGCGACCGCCGGAGGUCGCCCUCCCCGCUCGCCCGCAGCCGCUCGUUGCCCCGCGACCACAAGGCCGGUGUCGGCAGCAAUGACCAUGUCGUCGCUCUCACCUCCGCCACUCUCGGCUCCUUCAAGCUCGACAAGGAAGCGAAGCAGAGUGUCGGCGACGAUCAUGGAGAUCUCAAGAGCAAGCUCGCCGAGGCCAAGGCCUGGACAGAGAAGAUGAGCAAGCGAAUCCCGACAACGCCCACUGAGACGCCACCCAAUGAGCCCGAGGCCGUGGACGCCUUGGAGCUCAUGGCAGGAUUGGAGGAGGCUGCCGCUCCUCGAUUCUCCUCCGCCACCGUCGUCGACCGCCAUUCCUUCUCGUUCUACCCCAUCCAUGAAUCCAACAGGGUGCUCGGAUCGACGCAAGGCACCGUGUGGAGCAACGCCUUGGCGUUCCCUUCUCCUAUCUGGAAGCCGGCAAAGAUCGAGGAGCACGCGGUCGGCAUCGGUGAGUUCGAUCCGGAGGUUCUAUCCGCCUUUCGCAAGGCCAUGGAGGAGCUCUCCCCUCAGCACCCCUGCCUCCUCCGGUCCCCCGAGUCGAGAACUCCAUCAGCCAACGUCAUCCACGCAAGGAUCAGUGGCUUCCAAGAAAGACUCGAUUCCAAGAAGGCCAAUGCCAAGGCCGGGCAGGAUUCAGAACUCAAGAGAUGGCCGCCCGGCGGCGAGGGGAAGGUGGUGCUCUACUUCACAAGCCUUCGAGGGGUGCGGAAGACCUACGAGGACUGCUUCCUGGUAAGGAUGAUUCUGAAGGGCUACGGACUUCGGGUCGACGAGAGGGACGUCUCGAUGGACAGAGGGUUCAGGAACGAGCUCAAUGAGAUGCUCGGAGCCGAUCGCGUCGCUGUGCUGCUCCCGUCGGUCUUCGCGAAUGGCAGGUACGCGGGAGGGGUGGAGGAGGUGAGGCGGAUCCACGAGGACGGCGAGCUGUCGAAGGCCUUCAGUGACUGUGAAGCGGCGAGCGAAGGAGGAAGAGGAGGGCCGUGCGAGGACUGCGGAGACAUCAGGUUUGUGAUCUGUGGCAAGUGCUCAGGGAGCUGCAAGGUGUACGUAGAAGAAGAAGAAGAAGAAGAAGAAGAGGAAGAGAUGGAGGAAUGGGAGGACGUCGGAGGUGGAUUCCGGCGAUGCAUGGAGUGCAAUGAGAAUGGAAUAGUGAGGUGUCCUGCUUGCUGUUGAGCUUGGGAGCUCAGUGACAGUAGAGUGUGUGUGGAGCUUGGUGUGUGCGCAGCAGAGUCCAUUGGUGGUGAGGAGUGAGGUAGAGAGGUGAGUGAAGCAAGCUCUGUGAAGGAGUUGCAGUUCGAGUUGUGGAGGAUUCCAUCUUCGUGGUUCUUUUACUUCGUUUUUUUUCAUAUAUCGAUCUUGACUGAGAGUUCUGUCAAGACAUUACAUUGUCUGCCAUGGUGAGGCAGAUAAACUUUGCUUUUAUCAGGUGGUUUUCUUUGAUGUUUUCAUGCCUAAUAUGUAAUAGAUAUGUAGUGAAUUAUGUUGAAUCAUUGGCGAAUGUUUCGGGAAGAUCAGUACUCUUUU